AAUGCCUUCUGAUCGGUGGCCUUUACGGAUGAUGGUGUCGUAAGUCUAAGUAGGGGAGGGAUGCUUUAUUUCUGUUGUAGUGGCUUCUUUUUGGACUCGCCUUUAAAGUGGGAUUUGGAAGACGUACGUUUUAAUGCAGUCGUUAUUCAGAUAUCACGACUUUGCUUUUCAGUGAAAUUAAGAGCUAGCUAGCUAUCAAGUUCAAAGGAGCGUUAUAUUUUACGGAUUCCGUGCAUGCUUAUUUACAUCUAAGUUAUAUCAGCUCAACUGGCAGACUAAUUAAAUCCUGUCUUCACCGGGAAACCAAAUGUAAAAUCCUGAUAAAUAUAGCGUACGCUAAAGUUGCAUUCUGUGAGCUAUGCCUCAUUAUGUUCUCUGCUGCCAUUGCAGAUGUUUGGCAUGCAGUUAGCCUAAACUUUCGACAAAAUGGAGAAAGAGCAGCGAAACGUAAUAGCCUUCAACGCAUCCAAAAAAGAACUGUUCACGGCUAGCAAUGGCUACAAGUCCCUGCAGAAGAAGUUACGCGCACAGUGGAGAAUUCAGAGUAUUAAAGAGGAGCUGUCUUUGGAGAAGCUUAGUGGUGUGCAGUUGUGGAUCACUGCGGGACCAAGAGAAAAAUUCACAGCAGCUGAGUUAGAGGUUCUCAAGCAGUAUCUCAGUAGUGGAGGACAUAUCCUGGUGAUGCUGGGUGAAGGAGGGGAGGCAAAGUAUGACACUAACAUUAACUUCCUUCUCGAGGAGUUCGGAAUAAUGGUUAACAACGAUGCUGUGGUGAGGAAUGUUUAUUACAAAUACUUUCACCCAAAGGAAGCACUUGUCUCCAAUGGUGUGUUGAACAGAGAGAUCAGCCGUGCUGCUGGUAAAACGAUAACGGGGAUCAUAGAUGAUGAAAGCACAGGAAACAACGCAGAGUUUCUCACAUUUGUCUAUCCUUUCGGAGCAACAUUGAAUGUGAUGAAGCCGGCGGUGGCUGUUUUGUCCACUGGCUCUGUCUGCUUCCCUUUGAACAGACCCAUUCUUGCCUUUUACGAUGUCAAGAUGGCGGGUAGGCUGGCUGUUCUAGGGUCAUGCCACAUGUUUAGUGAUCAAUACUUGGACAAGGAGGAGAACAGUAAAAUCACGGACGUUGUCUUCCAGUGGCUAAUGACCGAUAGUAUCCAACUGAACCAGAUAGACGCUGAGGACCCUGAGAUUACAGACUACAUCAUGCUGCCAGAUACAGGGUGUCUAUCGGAGAGACUACGAGUGUGUCUGCAAGAGGGAGAUGAGAACCCCAGAGAUUUCACCUCUCUCUUCGAUAUGUCUCUUUUCAAGCUGUCCACAGAUUCCCUGCCUCAUGUUAUCAGCACUUACAAGCAACUGAAUGUGAAGCAUGAGCCACUUCAGCUGAUCCAGCCUCAGUUUGAGACACCUCUGCCCACACUUCAGCCAGCAGUGUUUCAGCCAGCCUUCAGGGACCUUCCCCCUCCAAUGCUUGAUCUUUUUGAUCUCGACGAGACUUUCUCAUCUGAGAAGGUCCGAUUAGCACAGCUGUCCAACAAAUGCACCGAUGAUGACCUGGAGUUCUAUGUCCGCAAAUGCGGGGACAUCCUAGGGGUAACUGGAAAGCUGCACAGGGAGCAGAGAGAUUCCAAACACAUUCUGGAACACAUCUUUUUCCAGGUGGUGGAGUUCAAAAAACUCAAUCAGGAACAUGAGAUUGAUACAGCAGAAGCAGCAUUUUGUCCAUUCUGAAGGUGGCAGGGGAAAAAAAAAAAAAAAAAAAACGCUUGUCAUCCUUGCAGCAGCAGGACACUGGUUUGUAUAAAGGCUGAAUUUAUACUCUGUAUUGCAAAGUUGUUACCUUCCAAAUCAUUUUAUAACCAAAACACCGAAGUAAGGUCUUUUCAUUUGAGCAGUUAAUGUAAAUUGUGUUUCAAAAUGCAUGUCUUGUAAAAAAGAAAUAAAAAACAAAUGUUUUAUCA